AUGGGUAACUGUAUACGGCGGGAUGGCGCGGCGGCGCAGUGGGCCGGCGAGGAGUGGGACUUUCUCGCGGCGGAGGACGACGGCCGGGAAGGACUUCUCGGCGAAAUCGAGAAGAAAAAGAGUUCAACGGCGGCGACAGAGGUGAAGAUUAAGAUCACGAAGAGACAGCUGGAGGAGCUUUUGGGGAAAGUGGAUAUUAAGGAGAUGUCCGUACAGCAGGUUCUGGCUCAGUUGAUCGGCGUCGACGAUCAGUUUCACGAAUCUCGCCACCGUCACUGGCGGCCGGUGUUGCAGAGUAUACCGGAAGUUGAUUGA